UUCGUGUGGAAAAACAAUUCUCCCGAAUGGACCUUUUUAGUCUAAUAAACUCUGCGCUUUAACACUCAGAAAAAGGCAUUUCUUUAAUAAUGAUUGAGAAUAAUGGCGGAGAACGAGCUCGAUAAGUUCAGGGAGCGCUGGAAACAAGAGUUAACAGGUAAAAAAGAAGAGUCGCGACCUGUUUGUGUUCCUUCAUCAUCUUCCUCCUCCUCCCUGGCUGCUGCUGGUCAGUCACCCAAGACAAAGCUGACGAACUUCUCCAAAACCUGCAAUUCGUCUAAACUAGAAGGAAGUGGCUGCACUGAGCAUGAGGGAUGCUGUAGAGGAGGAGAAGUUGCAGCAGAGACAGAGGAGCAGCCUGAGUAUGUCUCCAUUGCUCGUAGUCUGCUGGAUGGGAGGACCAGUCCACUGCUGGACCGACUAGAGGAGGAGAGGAGCAGGAGAAAGAGGCAGUACCACAACAGAACCAAUGUCUGCAGUGCUGCUUUACAACGAGAGGAGCCUCAGAGAAAGGCCAAGAAAGAAGAGGAGCUAGUGGAUCAACUCAUCCAGGAUCUGAAUGAGGUUAAUGACAUUCCCUUCUUUGAUGUGGAGCUGCCCUACGAGCUCGCCUUGAAUAUCUUCCAGUAUCUUGACCGUGCUGAACUCGGCAGGUGUGCUCAGGUGAGCAGGGCAUGGAGAGUCCUUGCAGAGGACGGCGUUCUCUGGUUCAGGAUGUGUGUGAAGGAGGGUUUCCACCAGGACGCCAGCGUGUCCGACUCCCCCUGCUGGAAGAGCACGCUACGGGACUGCAGGAAUUCGGCCAAAACCAUCCGCUCCAACUGGAAGAAUCGAGUGGGCUCCAUCAGCCAGCUGCAGUUUGAGUUGGGGAAGGUGCUGUGUGACGUCAGCUCGUGUGACAACUUUGUGUUGGCCGGGUACACGUCGGGUGACGUGAGGCUGUGGGACACGCUGCACUGGGACUCGGCGGCGUCGUACCUGAAGGCCAACGGGCUGUCGGCGAGCACGGACCCCAGGCCGCACGUCAGCCACGUCCAAGUCAACGACGCGGUGGCUGCCGCGGCGUACGAGGACGGUUGUGUCGACCUGUGGAGCACAGAGACAGGCGGCGUUCCCAUCCAUCACUACCAGAGUGCAGGACAGGUCCAGGCUCUGGCCCUGAGCCCCGACAGCCCCGCCCUGGUCUCCGCCUCUGGACCCGACGUUCGGCUCGACCACGCCAGCGACUGCGGCUACUGGAGGACCGUCUGCCGGGCUCAGCUGCCCAAAACUGUGGAGAGUGCGGCAGUGGUGGCAGGUAGGGGGCAGCAGUGCCCCCUGGCCGCUCUGGCUGCUGGAGAGACCGUGUACAUGCUGGACCCUCGGGAGGAGAAGCCGUGGACGCUGCACUCUGUCUACGGUCAUCCCGUCACCUGUCUGGACGCCUCCGACUCCCACGUUGCUUUUGGAGUGAAGCGCACGGGCUGGGCCAUGCACGACGGCGGCAAUAAGAUCCACGUCUACAGCCUGGAGACGAGCAAACCGGCGGCUUGUGUCGGCAACUCUCCAGGAGAUUUCACUUGCAUCGACCUGAGAAACAGCCCCCCUCAUCUGCUGGUGUGCGGAAACAAAGACAGAAGGGUGAGGGUGUUCGACCUGAGAGCAGGCUCCUCGGUGGCCUCGCUGUACGCCCACCACCUGGGAGUCACGGCGGUGCAGGCGGACGACUGGAAGAUCGUGAGCGGCGGAGGCGAAGGGCUGGUGUGCGUGUGGGAGAUGAGGAUGGGAGCCAAGCUGUGGGAGAUGCACAACAGGCAUCCUGUACGCCACGUACGCUUCAACACCGCCACGCUGCUCACCGCCAACAUCCCUGAUGACAAGUCGCCGCGUGGGGCCUGCAUCACAGACGACGACCUCACGGCUCAUCGCAGACACCGGGGAGUCAUCUGCCACUACGACUUCUCGGAGGACGCGCUGUCUCAGGAGAGCGUUCUGCCCAUCUGCAGGUCAGACUACAGCGACUCGUACGGCUACAACUACAACAUCGGUCUGGCCGUGCCCUACGACAGACUGUCCGGGUCCCACCCGUCCCACUGACACACUUUUAAAAGGACUCGGUGAACUGAGCUAGAAAUAAAAGUUUUGGGGUUUUUUUUUCUCUUUUUUAAUGUCAGCUGUUUUCUUUAUCAGUUCAGUUUAAUCGGGGGGUUUAGACAUGUGAUAAUGUUCAACCGAAAUGAGGAUCUGAAGUAGUGCAUUUCAUUUGAAAACAGUCAAAAUGUAUGGGACUUACGUCAAAUCUCUUGUGUGUUCUUAUUGGUUUUUAUGAUUCUGAGAUGAGAUUUGUUUUUGUGUACAGAGAUAAAAAUGUGUGCAUUCUUAUAAGAACCUGUAAAUGUCUGUCUUCAGUUCUGUGUCAGAGAAUUCUCUCACCAGGCUGGAUUGAGCUUCUCUUCUUCUAUGAUAAAGAGUUCUCUGUAAAUAGGGUUUUCCUGUUCUCAGUUUGGACACACAGGCUCAGAUAAGUCCGAUCCAGUACCUGUAAUGUUGCAUUUUGGAAUCACAGAGCUUGACAAGAGCGUUUCCAGUUUUAUGAAGGUUUUUAAGCUAAAGGGACACAGUGCAGACCAAGUGUGUGCCUGCCAGUCAACACCGAGGGCAAAAAAAUAAAAAAUAAAUAAAUAAAAGCAUAACCUCUGUC